AUGGUGAAUCGUCAGAAUCAAAAUCAAAAUCCUCAAGUGGUGCUUGAUCCUGCUCAGAAUCCCGCAUCACCUUACUAUAUACAUUCCAGUGAUAAUCCUGCAGCAACAAUGGUGAAUCCACCUCUGAAUGGGAAGAACUACAACGCUUGGGCAAGAUCGAUGAAGCGUGCUUUGGUCGCGAAGAACAAGUUUCGAUUCAUCAUCGGUGAAAUUCCAGUACCAGCAGCAACUGAUGCAAACUUUGAGGCUUGGGAUCGUUGCAAUAGCAUGAUUCAUUCAUGGAUUCUUAACUCGGUUACAAUCUCUAUAGCAAAUAGCAUAGUUUUUCUUGAAAAUGUAUGUGAUGCUUGGAGAGAUUUGCGAGAUCGAUUUUCUCAAGGGGAUCUAGUUAGGAUCUCUGAAUUGCAUAAUGAAAUCAGUAAUUUGAAGCAAAAUUCAAAGUAUGUGAGUGAGUAUUAUACUGAGUUGAAGAUACUCUUGGAGGAAUUGGAACACUAUCGUCCAAUUCCACAAUGUAGAUGCACUGUCCCUUGUAGAUGUGAUGCUAUUGAGAGUGUGAAGUUGUUCAGAGAACAGGAUAACGCUAUCAGAUUCCUUUUAGGGUUGAAUGAUGGCUUUGGAGUGGUGAAAUCACAGAUUCUGAUGAGCCAUCCUCUACCGUCAUUAGCUAAGGUUGUUUCUCUAGCCACACAACAUGAGAGGAAAACUGAGACAGAAGAGAAAGGAGAUUCAUUAGCAAUAGUGAAUGUUGCAGAAGGAAAGAAGCCACCAUAUGGAAAAGGUCAAUUUGGUGGUUCUUCCUACACAAACACAGGAAAAUUUUGUACUCAUUGUAAGAAGCCGGGACACACUGUUGAGAUAUGUUAUAGGCUACAUGGAUAUCCAACUACUUUCAAUUCCAAAGGUAGUACAAGUCAUGUCAACAAUGCAUCCAGAAAUUCUGAUUCCACUGAUGAUCCAGAUGAUGAUGAUGUUUACUCACAGAGAGGAGUUGAAGAACCUUUUACUGCAUAUCAGUAUAAAAGAAUCAUAGACAUGAUUCAGCAUGUGACCACAACUUCAAAGAAAGGAUCGGAGAAUGGUAGUGCUUCUGUAAAUCAUGUGGUGAAGGCAGUUGCUUGUGAAGGAGAUGCUACAGGACAUGGUAAUCCUAUUGCUCUAUCUUGUUUUCAACAUUAUGAUAGUAGAGAUUGGAUUAUAGACUCAGGUGCAAGUGAUCAUAUAUGCUUUUAUAAAAUGUCUUUUAACACACUCACUGAAGUGAAACCAAUUAGUGUUAAAUUGCCUAAUGGUACUAUCAUCAAAACAUGCUAUGCUGGAACUGUUAGAAUCACACAAACCAUUCUCUUGACACAUGUUCUUUUUGUGCUUGAAUUCACAUACAACUUAGUCUCAGUUCAUAAGUUAGCAAAACACCAUGAUGUUGAUGUGUUUUUCUUCUAG